AAUCCUUGCCUGGGAUCUCUGGCUUCAAAGACGCUCCAACCAGCAGAGCCUGAAGAGCCGUUUCAACCAUUUGAAACGUUCAGACAGGACAAUGAUGAAGCUGCAGAUGCUGCUGGUAGCUGUACCAUUAACAAAGACAUUAGUUCACAAUUCACUACCUCUGCUUUAAGUACUUCUCCCAUCAGAUCCUCCACCCUGUUGUCAUCCUUAUCCCCUGAGCGAAAUUUAGGGGCUUCAAAAGUAGGAGCCAGAACUAUGGGAAGUGAAACUAAAGGCAUUUUAGGAGAUGUAAAAGAAAAUGCUGAAACAUCAAAAACUCAGAAUAGAGGUACCGAUUCUCCAGGUGGUGAAAGUGUAAUUGGCUUUAACGGAAGUCCACAGAUUCGUGAAGGUUUCAGAGGAGGCAGAGGCCUUGGAGCAAGGCCUUCUCCUGCCAGCAGGCUGAGCCUUGUUGACAGGAAGUGGCUAGAGAGGUGUCAGGUGUUUGGAGAGAUGGGAGCAGAGGAGAAGCCUGGAGCAGGCAACCAGGAGAUGAAUGUGGAGCAACAAGGGAUGGUAGAAAAGGGAGAAAAAUUAAAAGGGGAAAUGCAAGGAGUCGAAAAAGAACCAAAGGAAGAAAUAGAUAUAGAGAGGGAAAGACAGGAGUCAUUAGAAAUGGGAAGAGGUAAAAAGUCUGAGAGUGUAACAGGGGAUAAAAUAGUCACUACUAGUACUGCAAACUCUGGAAAAAGCAAAAAAGAAGGAGUUGGCAAAGAGAAAAGGAAGGGACAGGAGGAGGUUGAAAGAGGACAGACAUCACAUAUAACAGCUGAUGGUGACAAUGAAAGCAGUCCAAAAACAAAAGCUUCAAAAAAUAGGGGGAAGAAGAGGCAGCGAGAAGUGGGUGACACGGAGGGAAACACUACAGAAGAAGGAGGAGUAAAAAAGAGACGGAGAGGUGGUAGAAAGAAAGAGGAGAGCUCUGACGUUAGCCCCAGCUCAGCUCACGGAGGAGCAGGAAAGAAGAAGAGAAGCAAGAAAAAAGAAGGUGAUGGAGAGGGUGAAGGAAAGGAAGAAACCAAGGGACCAAAAAAGAUGCCCCAAGAGAACUUGUUUGGAGACAUAGAAGAAGAAUUUGGAGUUAACAAAAUCUAUCGGGCACAGUCUGCUAGAGCCAGAGUCGCAAAAGGAACCGAGGGUAACUUUGUGAAAAUAAACCUGAAGAAGAAAUCUCAUGUCAAAGGCUAUGCCCUGAGAGGGAUUGCUCUGCGCAGACAGCUGUCUGGCCUGCCAGCCAAGCUGAAGGCGGCCUGUAUCCACUCCAAUAUGACAAUGAAACAGCGAGAAGCAGCGAUAGAAAAGGUGAAGUCAGGCCAGGUAUGUCUGCUGCUGCUCUCUCCAGAGGCCCUUGUUGGGGGAGGAGGUUCAGGUUCAGGGUGUCUUCCUUCUGCUCAGGAACUCCCUCCUGUGGCCUUCGCCUGUAUAGAUGAAGCUCAUUGUGUCUCAGAGUGGUCCCACAACUUCAGACCCUGCUACCUAAGACUCUGCAAGGUGUUACGAGAGCGUCUGGGAGUACGAUGCUUGCUAGGACUCACAGCUACAGCCACUCUGUCCACUGCUCUGGACAUCGCUAAACAUCUGGAAAUCAGUGAUCAAGCCGGCAUUGCUGUCAGAUCUGCAGCUGUGCCUCCAAACCUGAAUCUUUCUGUGUCCACGGAUAGAGAAAAGGAUCAGGCUUUAGUCUCCUUGUUGAAAGGUGAUCGGUUUGGUUGUCUUGACUCGAUCAUCGUCUACUGCACCAGAAGAGAGGAGACGGUGCGUGUGGCGGCACUUCUCCGAACCUGCCUUCAAGGGGUGCUGUUAAAAGAAAACAAGAAGAGCAGCAGCAGCAGUCGGUCAGAAAACAACCCUGUAGGGCAGAGAAAGAAAGAACUGGCUCGGAAGAAGAUUCGUAAACCACUGAAAUGGCAGGCUGAAUCGUACCACGCCGGCCUGUCGGGGUCAGAGCGGCGACGCGUGCAGAACAACUUCAUGUGCGGAGAGCUCAGGAUCGUGGUGGCCACAGUGGCGUUUGGCAUGGGCCUGGAUAAAUCUGACGUUCGUGGUAUCAUCCAUUACAACAUGCCUAAGAGCUUUGAGAGUUACGUUCAGGAAAUUGGGAGGGCAGGAAGAGAUGGAGAGCCGGCUCACUGUCACCUUUUCCUGGACCCGGAGGGUGGAGACCUCCAUGAGCUCCGUCGCCAUAUCUACGCAGACACAGUGGACUACUAUACGGUGAAAAGACUGGUGCAGAAAGUUUUCCCAGCAUGCAAAUGUAAACAGAUACACCAGAAACAGCAGGAACUCUUCAAGGAUGUUGAAGACUCUGAGCUGUUGGAGGUGAUGGAUGUGUGCGAUCAGGAGAGCAGCAUGAAUUCUUCUGCUCAGCAAGACAUGUCAGACAAAGAUGAAUCACAACCUGCUGCUGCACCUGAAUCAGAUGUCAGUUCUGCUGGGCUAGCCACCCGAGAAGACGACGAUAAAAGAGAGAAACGAAAUGAGGAUGAGAUGAAAAAACAGACAGAAGACCAGAGAGAUAACCGGGAGAGGGACCAAGAAGAGGAGCGCAGUGAUUGGCCCAGGGAGCGAGUCUGUCACACGCACGAAAGAGCGAUUCCCAUCCAAGAGACCAUCGAGGCUCUGGACAUCACGGAGGAAGGUGUGGAAACACUGCUCUGCUAUCUGGAGCUGCACUCACAGCGCUUCGUGGAGCUGCUCCACCCCACUCUGUCUGUGUGUAAAGUCAGCUGUUACGAUGGGCCAAGGCAGCUCCAGAAAAUCACUAAAAUUUGUCCUCCGAUCGCUGUGGUGUUGGCCAGGCGGCGGAUGGCGGGCGAGCGGGUGGAGCAGUGCGACCAGCUUGAGUUUGAUGUUAUCGAGGUCGCGGACACUAUGGGAUGGCAGCUCCCUCUCGUGAAGAGAGGACUCAGGCAGCUGCAGUGGAGCACCGAUAGAGCUGGGGGACGUAGCGGCGUCCUCGUCGAAUUCUCCAGUCCUUCGUUCUACUUUCGUUCCUAUGGCGACCUGAGCGAUGAGGAGAUGGACAGAGUCUGUCAGUUCCUCCAUAAACGAGUGCAGGACCAAGAGAGAACGCAGCUGUACCAGCUGACGGCCUGUUUUAAAGCCUUCAAGAGUGUUGCCUACUGCAGCGUACUGUCCUGUGUAGACGAUCUGGAUGAGAGCCGCAGUUUGCAGUUAAAAAGCCUUCUGUCCGAGUACUUUGAUAAGAGGCGGGACGGGGACCACGCUCUCAAACCUUUUGAUCUCGAGGAGCUCGACAAAUAUAAGCUGUUGGAUUGGGAGGAUCAAAUCAGAGCCGACAUCAGAAGUUUCCUCUCCAACCGAAGUGACGAGAAGUUUUCUGGAAGGGCUGUCGCUCGUAUCUUUCACGGCAUAGGCAGUCCGUGUUAUCCGGCUCAAACCUACGGCAAAGACAGACGUUACUGGAGGAAGUACAUCCAGUUUGACUUCAACCAGCUCAUCAGACUGGCCACUCAGGAGAUCAUUCGCUUCAAGUGAUCGACCAGAUGGUCCAAUAUUAUCUUUUUUUUUUUUCUUUUUACGUAUGU